AUGAACAAGCAAGAACAACUGAUUGCAAAUGGACAAGAAUUUACAGUACUCUUAGCUGAACUUGGAUUUCAUUAUAGCAGGAUUUGUACUAAGGCUGGAAACUCAGCAGAAGCUUUGGCUGUGUUUGAUAAACUGUUGAAAACUGCAGGAAUUGAAAACCAUUGCAAAAAUGGUCAUUUUAAACUACAAAUACCUCCACAAGUUUGUUGCUGUGUGUGUUUGGUCUGCAAGGCAGCUAUUUUGUUGAACUCUACUAUAAAAUCUCAAACUCAAGAAUCUCUUCAGCAGAUGUUAUUCGAAAGUAACCGGCUAAUCUCCCAGAUCCUGAGGUGUAGCACAUUACCCUCACCAAUGUUAAAACUACUGUCAGACUCCCUGGAGUACUUCAGAAUUAAUUUGCAAAAUGAAAGUAACAAAAAGAGUAAGGAGAAAUCGCCCACUCUUUCAUUUAAGACUCUUCAAGGAACAGUACAAGUGCUGCAGUCUUACAUCUCAGUCUUAUCUUUGCAGUGUGAGCGGCUUAAGUCAGAGCUGCUUAAAUCCAAACAUGACAAUAUUGUGGCACAGCUGAAACAACAGGUUCUAAAGACCACAGAACGGCAAAUGACAGUAUUUAGUUUUGUUAUUUCUUCAUAUCAAGAACAGUUGAAGAAUGAAAAAGAUGCAAAAACUACAAUCAGGGAUUCAAGGUCAGUAGUAUCACAAAACAUUUAAAACAGUUAACUACUGUGUACAUGUUGUAGUACAGUUUUUUCCUUUGGUACAAUUUUUUCCGAACUGGUACAGAAUAUAUUGAACUGGUACAAAAUGUUUUAAAAACCAGUCCCUUUUAUCUAACAUUCUGAAAAGGGAUUUAAUUUAUUUGGGGUGUGGAUAAAAAAAGGGGCAUGGUAUUUUUUGGGGGGAUGAUUAAUUAUUAAAAAAAAAACAAUAAAAAAAAAGUUUUAAAGCAAAAAGUCUCAUUCCUGUUUGGAUUACUUUUUCCCUAUGCUUGCCUCAUUUCCCUAUCCUUCCUCCUACCCUUCCACUAUUACUUACCUCAGAUUACCUUCUCAGAAGCCACACACCAUGGUACAUUCCUUUUUUUUUCUUUUUUUACACCGUACCUACUAGGAUUUGAACCAUGUACCUUUGGAUAUUACUAACUUACCAGUCCGUCACCUUAUCCAUUGAGCCACCACUGAUUUCGUUGGAAAAUCAUAUUUAAAUUGCAUUAAAGUUCUUGCUGCAGUUCCUAGGUUCCUCUCGUUGCACCUAAUUAUGCACACAUGCGCAGAACUUACCAAUUCAGACUUUGCUGAAAUUAACAUCCCUUCAACCCUUCAAACAAUCAUAUGUGUCAAAAGAAGCAUUCUACAAAGAAUUAGAGACCUAUAAACAGAACCAGAAACGCAAUUCUUAACAAAUAACUCUCUUCAUUGAAGACGAAUUUUAUGACUCGGCCAAAGAGUUCCUAAAAAGCCAAGCUGAGAACGCUGUCAGCGACUCCAAUACAAAUCACGAUACGACGAAAUUAACAAAGUGGCAAGCAACAACACUCCUCAACAGGAAGAAAUGGUCGUACCAUCAAGGGAAAAUCUUAACCACCGAGCAAAAGGUAGUUGUACCCAAGAGUCAACUAUACGAUGUUCUGACUUUGGCGCAUCAAAGGACAGCACAUAGAGGCAGACAAAUAACAUCAAAGUGGAUUAACGAGAAUUUUUCUGAAGUGAAUGUACGAGUUGUGAACCUAUUUGUAAGUUUGUGCCAAAUUCAUCAAGAGCAGAAGACCAUUACAAGCCACGUUAAGAUGGUAACCAAGACACUUCAAUCUCCAGAAUUUCUGUCACUGAUUGAAAUCGAUCUCAUGGACUUUCGAAAUACUCCCUGUGACUGCAAGAACGUGCAUACUUGGGCGAUGAACAUAAUUGAUCAUCACACAAAGUUCGUGACAGUUGUGCCCUUACAACAAAAAACAGGUGAUGAAGUACUCAAAAGCCUCCGAGAGUACUGUUACGCCUACGUAUUUCCAAAGAAAAUAAUCAGACAAUGGGGGAGAGUUCCAAAACAAGAAGUUAAAGAUGUUUUGCAAGGAUAACGGCAUCGAGUUAUCACAUUGCACACCUCGGACACCGACAACCCAAGGGCUAACCGAGAGAAGCAACCUAUCUUGGAAACAAGACAUGACGUCACUGAUAGUGAGCACAGCAGACAAAAACAUCAAGAAAUGGUGCCACUACAUGAGAGAAACCUCAUACAUCAGAAACAUCUCAUACCACCGAGCCAUCAAAGUCUCCCCUUACGAAGCUGUAUACGGAAUAAAACCUCACAGGGAAAAGCUAAAUGAACAGAGCAAAGAAAGCCAAUCUGAACAAGAAGAAAACAAUUUGGAAGAAAGCAAUGGAAAAAGUUCACAACCACAACACGAUGAAGACCAACCAAGAAAACGACAAAAAAUAAUAGAAAACCAGACAAAAUACAAUGCAACCAUGGUGAACCAAACAAAGAGAACGCAAGAGAAAAAACAGCCCAAGUUCAAAGUAGCUGAUAUGGUGGCAGUAAAAAUUGACAAAGUCGACAAAACAAGCCAGCUGCACCCCAACAUGUUACUGGGAAAAAUAACCUCAAUUGAAGAAAGUGGUUUUGUGCAAAUAGUAACUCAGUAUGGGAAAAUAAACACUCUGAUUUCUCCUUCACGAUUGUAUCCCUGUUCAGCCACUACUGUGCAAUUAAACUAUUCAACUGAAAUAUCUUUCACAGCAGCCUGUAAAAAAGCAAGUGGGUUUUAAUAGAAAUAGUACUCCAAAUAAUUUUAAUGUUUAUUCUUCACAAAAAAAAACAACAGAUCAUGAUUAUCUACAAAAAGACAACAAUAUGACAACAUUAUGAACAAUUGUAACUUUAUUGUAAAAUGAUUUAAGUACUUUACAGUAAAUCACAAAAUGACUACCAUAAGAUAAUCACUACUUACAAAUAAUGCCAAUGCAGAGACAGUAUCAGAGAAUAAAGCAAGUUUAUUCACACAGAAGUCCUACAUGAGCAGCCGAAAAAUAAAGACAAAAGUGUCGAUGUGUUUUAAAUUGAAGCUCACUGGCAAUGAGCUGUAACCCAAACUCUUUCCUAAUCCUAACCUAACCAUAACACCCUAACCCUAACCCUAACCCUAACCCUAACCCUUCCCUAACCCAGUUACAUGUACCCUUUCCAUAACUGGAACCCUAACACUAUCCUUCCUUACCCUAACACUAACCCUAGGCUCAGGUUUAUGAAAAGUAACAAGGGAUGAUUGUUAAUGAAAACUAACCACAGUAGAACUAAAGCUUAUUCAUGGCAGACAAGUGCUCCAAAAAAUAAAUUAAUAUUAUGAGUUAACAACAAACUGUACUUGAAAUUAAAAAUUGGACUAGCACAAAAUAUUUUGAACCAGUUUAAUAUAUUCUGUAUUGGUACAAAAACAAAUUGUACCAAAGUGCAAAUUGAACUACAACAUACACACUGUAGUUUAAGGAAAGGAUUACAUGUAUGUUGUGGUUUUAUUUCUCUUUAUUUUGGGGCAUGUUAAUAGAUGAAAAUGAGUGAAAAACAAAGGGAAACAGCGUGCAAAGAGAGUAAUUUCUGAUACUCUAGGGCUAGUGGAUUUUGCCAUCGGUCUAUUGAAUUCUGUUCUUAACUUUCCUGAUGGGCAAGUGAAGUAUUUUGACGAAUUCAACUUACAGAAGAACUUUGAAGUCAAUUCUGCCCAUCAAAACAUUUUGGGGGCUCAAGUUGAAAUGACGUUUGGGCUAAUAAAUGCUAGCUUCAGCUUGCCCGAAUGGCAAGCUGUAAAUGACUUUCUUUGCACCCUGGGAAAUAAAAUUUAAACCAAGGAUAAAUUUGAACCAUAACAUCUACAUGUAACACUGGUCAAACUUUUAUUGCUUACCCAGUAUCCUCAACUCUUGCCAAUCAGCCUAACGAUUCUUGAAACAAAAUUACAAAUAUCUCUAGAAUUUGUCUUUUUUGUGUUGCACACAAAUGGGUAGUUUCGAAAAUGAAGCACUCGAAAACGAAGACCGAAGCACGAGGCACCCAAAUCUCGAAAACGAAGCACCCUAGAUCGAAAACGAAGACCCCUAAAUCUCGAAAACGAAGCACCCAAAUCUCGAAAACGAAGACCCCAAAACUCGAAAACGAAGCACCUGAAUCAGGUGGAGGCAGCGGAUGCGUCCACAAAAUCCAUCCCAAGGUUUUAUAAGAGCCUGCCAACUGUUUAACUGAACUUUUCAAGAUAGGAUAUACUGUAUUAAUUUUAUUAUUGGUCUCGCUAUACUUGAUACAUCUUACCUUAAUAUGCAUUUUUUCGGUACACAUACCUGUUUACUGAUUUUGAGGAAAAAACCAAUUGUUUUGCAGUCUAACAUAUUGGAUAUGCAGGAGGUUACGCCCCCUCCCAAUCGCAAAAUUAUCAAACUUCUAACAUUUGUUCUCUUGUUUUCGCCGCUUCGAUAUUAUCGACCACUUAGUACUAAGAAAAUCUCGUACUCGUCUUAGAAUCUAAAGCUCUCUAUCAUCGACUCAAGCCUGCGAAUUUAACUGGCUUUUACUGGCAAUACAGUAACAUUCUAGAAAUAGUGUGGGCAUUCUCGGUUUUCUGAUCACGUCCAAAACAUGGCCUCCCACCGGGCCUCCCACGCAGCGGCGGAUAUGCAUUCACAACUUGAGUAGAUUUGAACUGCAUUUGAUUUGUUAUCGUGCUUGAUUCCUGCUGUAUUAGCAUUGGUCUCUUGUUUAUAAGACCGGUGUCGAGUUUUCGGGUGCUUCGUUUUCGAGUUUUGGGUGCUUCGUUUUCGAGAUUUAGGGGUCUUCGUUUUCGAUCUAGGGUGCUUCGUUUUCGAGUUUUGGGUGCUUAGUUUUCGAUCUAGAGUGCUUCGUUUUCGAGUUUUGGGUGCUUCGUUUUCGAGAUUUGGGUGCUUCGUUUUCGAGAUUUAGGGGUCUUCGUUUUCGAUCUAGGGUGCUUCGUUUUCGAGUUUUGGGUGCUUAGUUUUCGAUCUAGAGUGCUUCGUUUUCGAGUUUUGGGUGCUUCGUUUUCGAGAUUUGGGUGCUUCGUGCUUCGGUCUUCGUUUUCGAGUGCUUCGUUUUCGAAACCACCCACACAAAUGGGGAUAUACACUGUAGGCAAUAUCUCUGACAAGAUAGCAUUUUGGGGAAGAUGUACUGUAAGCAGUUUGGGUCUGGGAAGGUCCAAAGAGACUGAGAGAAAUCUAGUAAAAAUAUCUAUAAAGAAUAGGGGAAUGAAUGAAUGUACAGCUGUUGGUGGACGCUUGCAGCCUGCACAAAGAACUACAGAGUUGAACGUUUUUGGGUGUCAAUCUUGAGAGAGUUUACUGUGCUGUUAAUGUUAACACAUUCUGUAUUUACACUAUGCAGAUGUCAGAUCUUUAAGGACUGUAUUCCAGUAGUGGAACAAGCAAACUCUGUUAUUCAUUCUGCCCUUGAUGAUCCAGACAUCCCAUUGUCUUCAAACGAGCUCCGCUGGCUAGGCUGCAAUGUGUACAAUUUGGGCUGUGUGUCAUAUCAGAGAGAUUGCUUUACUGAAGGAGUUCCUCUGUUAGCCAUUGCUUGUGAAUAG